AUGUCUGUCUCUUCGGCGGCCCUCAGGCUGCGCGCACAAUGGCUCGCCACUCGUCGGCCUCUGUCCUCAAAAUGCCUCAUCUUCAGUCCACAGGCACGCUCGCCAGCAAUCGCACGCAUCGCCUCGAUUCAGUCGCGAGCUACCCACACCAACGUCCGAAACUUUUACUCCAGCUCCACGAGCGACACCACCUCCGCCGAGCCCAAGCAGGACAUUCCCAAUGCUUCCCUCUUCGCUCCUCUCGAUACCUUCCCUCGCCGUCACAUCGGCCCAACCGCCACCACGGCCGAAGAGAUGCUGCAGGCUCUCGACCCGCCAGCCAGCAGCUUGGAUGAGUUUGUGAAGCAGGUGCUGCCUCCUUCGAUUCUGUCGAGCAGAGACCUUAAAGUUGAAGGUCCAAUGCCCGAGUCUGGCUCAGUGGCUACAAGCGAGGGCGGAUACUCAGAGAGCCAGCUUAUCAACCGAUUGAGAGAGAUUGCCAGCGAGAACAAGGUCUACAAGAGCUAUAUCGGCUGCGGUUAUGCUGGUACGAGAGUGCCCGAAGUCAUCAAGCGUAAUAUUCUGGAGAACCCAGCAUGGUAUACCAGCUACACACCAUACCAGCCAGAGAUCAGCCAAGGUCGCUUGGAGUCGCUGCUGAACUUUCAGACCAUGGUCACCGAUCUGACCGGAAUGGCCAUUGCCAAUGCUUCGCUUCUGGAUGAGCCUACGGCCGCAGCAGAGGCCAUGACACUUUCCCUCAACUCGUUGCCUAAGGCUCGCCAGAAGCGUGCUAAGAAAGUCUAUCUCGUCUCACAUCUGUGCCACCCUCAGACUAUUGCCGUGUUGGAAAGCCGUGCUCAGGGCUUUGGAAUCACCAUCCAAGUCGGUGACGUCCUAGCAGACAACAGCAAGCUGGUAGACGAUGUUGGUGAAGAUCUCAUCGGUGUACUUGGACAAUACCCAGACACUCUCGGUGGAGUCGCAGACUACAGGAACUUGGCAGACAAAGUACACAACCUGCAAGGCACAUUUGCUGUGGGAACGGACCUGCUUGCAUUGACCCUGCUCACUCCACCAGGCGAGUUCGGUGCUGAUGUAGCUUUUGGCAACGCACAGCGCUUUGGUGUGCCAUUUGGCUUUGGAGGCCCUCACGCAGCCUUCUUUGCUGUUGGCGAAAAGCACAAGCGUAAGAUCCCAGGCCGUCUCAUUGGUCUCUCGAAGGAUCGACUAGGUGACAACGCCGCUCGUCUGGCUCUGCAAACCCGUGAGCAGCAUAUCCGACGAGAGAAGGCCACGAGCAAUGUCUGCACUGCCCAGGCGCUUCUUGCCAACAUGAGUGCCAUGUACGCCAUCUACCACGGUCCAACUGGUCUUAAGCGCAUCGCCGAGAAAGUGGCCAAAAUGACCCAGGUCCUGGCCAAAGGCCUUCAAGACAGUGGCCUCGAGGUCAAGCAGCCUGUUGCAUUCGACACUGUUGUCGUGAAGAAACACGACGCACCUGGCUUCGCUAGCAAGACGGUUCAGAACUUCUUGACCAACUUCCGCGUGAUCGACGACAGCCACAUCGGCAUUACCAUCGAUGAGACUGUCGGGAAGAAGCAGAUUGAGGAGAUCUUCCGUGCCUUCACUACAGAGCAAGUCGACGUCGACAAGCUUGCUGAAGGCGUUGAGGCGCUGAGCAGUCUUCCUGAGUCGCUCAAGCGUACUUCUGGGUACCUCGACCAUCCCGUCUUCAACUCAUACCACUCCGAGACCGAGAUCCUUCGCUACAUGCAUCAUCUGCAGUCCAAGGACCUUUCACUCGUGCACUCCAUGAUUCCGCUCGGAUCAUGCACAAUGAAGCUGAACGCCACCACGGAGAUGCUUCCUGUCACCUGGCCCGAGUUCUCCAAUAUCCACCCAUUUGCACCCCGGGAGCAGACUCUCGGCUAUAUGCAGAUGAUCAAAGAGCUGGAGGAGGAUCUGGCAGAGAUUACUGGCUUCCACUCUGUAUCUUUGCAGCCCAACUCUGGCGCCCAGGGAGAAUUCACUGGUCUUCGUGUUAUUCGCAAAUACUUUGAGCAACAACCAGGCACGAAGCGUGACAUUUGUCUCAUUCCGGUAUCUGCCCACGGCACUAACCCAGCGUCCGCUGCAAUGGCAGGUAUGCGGGUGGUCACGAUCAAGUGCGAGAACAGCACUGGAAAUCUGGACAUGCAGGAUCUGGAAGCCAAGUGCAAGAAGUACCAGGAUGAGCUCGGUGCCAUUAUGAUCACAUACCCUUCGACGUUCGGUGUCUUCGAGCCGAAUGUCAAGGAGGCUUGUGAUCUUGUCCACAAGUAUGGUGGUCAAGUCUACAUGGAUGGUGCCAACAUGAACGCUCAGAUCGGUCUUUGCUCGCCUGGCUCCAUCGGCGCUGAUGUCUGCCAUCUCAACUUGCACAAGACCUUCUGUAUUCCCCAUGGUGGCGGUGGCCCAGGUGUAGGACCGAUUGGUGUUGCUGAGCAUCUCACACCAUUCUUACCUGGCCACCCACUUGUCGCAAACGUCGGCGGCGAAAAGGCAAUUGCGCCAGUCUCUGGUGCGCCAUGGGGCUCUGCUAGCAUUUUGCCAAUCAGCUGGGCAUAUAUCAAGAUGAUGGGAGCUCGUGGCCUCACUCACGCCACCAAGAUCACGCUGCUCAACGCAAACUACAUUCAGUCCCGUCUGAAGCCGUACUAUCCCAUCCUUUACACCAACGAGAAUGGCAGAUGUGCCCACGAGUUCAUCCUGGACGUACGCAAGUUCAAGGAGACUGCAGGCAUUGAGGCUAUCGACAUUGCCAAGCGUCUGCAAGAUUACGGUUUCCAUGCUCCUACAAUGUCCUGGCCUGUGGCAAACACUUUGAUGAUUGAGCCUACCGAGUCGGAGUCGAAGAAUGAGCUGGAUCGCUUCUGCGACGCCUUGAUCUCCAUUCGAGAGGAGAUUGCUGAGGUCGAAGAGGGCAAGCAGCCUAAGGAGGGCAACGUCCUCAAGAUGUCCCCUCACAGUAUGAAGGAUCUCAUCUUGUCCGAAUGGAAACGUCCUUACGACCGCCAAAAGGCUGCAUACCCACUGGACUGGCUGAAGGAGAAGAAGUUCUGGCCUCCAGUCACUCGGUUGGACGAUGCGUAUGGUGAUAUGAAUCUAUUCUGCAGCUGCGCUCCAGUCGAAACAGUCGAGGGCCUCACAGGCGUCGAGGCACCAGCACCGACAUAG